GACCUGGGAGUGAACCAUCAGAGAACCAUGUUAAAGCUGAAUUUUGGACAAAAAUUCUCUCCAAUGCUUUCACUUUAUAUAAUUCCAGGUUUAUUCCAAUAUGUGAGUAUCAUCUUCUUCUUCCAGGUCAUGGAGGAGAUGGUUCAUCAUGGUCUGACUUUGCUGCCAUAGUAAACAACCAGACAAAUACACAGUUUCCAUUUUUACUAAUUGAGUUUGAGCAGAAUGGAUUCGAAAACCAUAAAGAUGAGGUGGUGAUAGUAUCAGAAGCUGUGCAUGAAUUCAAUCAUAUUUUAUCAUUGGGACAUUUUCUAACAGAAGAUGAAUCAACUCUUUUAUACAUUCACACCAGGAAUAAACUCACUUUAAAUCUUAAAUCCAAUAAUGCUGAGACUGAUAUUGAGAAUGUGUUGCAAUUAAUUUCAUAUCUGCAAGAAAUUGUCUGUCAAGAUUGA